UUCCAAGCACGGCUUCAUGUCAGGCGAGCAAGAGCCGCUGCUAGACAAGUCGGCAUCGCUGCGCCUUCGCAGCAACUUGUCGUCCUUGUGGCGAACCGAUACGCCAUCAACAGAUGCCAGUGCAAGACCUCCCAUAGCGCCUGGCUCCACAAGCCCACCAAAGAUUCCGUUCCAGGCCCCGUCGUCGACAACCAAGGUUUCGCUUGGACUGACGACGCUUGACGCCAGGCAACAACUCGUGGCCGCUGUUGAGAAACAACUCGACCGACAGCGAAAGGGCGGACAUCGUGAGCUCUGGUUCGGCUUUGUCGACACGCCCAUGUGGCUGUUGUUCCUCUCUGCGUGCAUUCGCCUGGCCGAGUUUGCUUGGCGCGAACACCGCAUUGAGGCGACCCACGAACCAUCACAUUUUGCUGACCUGGUUGAAAGCAUCUUUCUCUUUCUCGCAGCUGUGUUUAACGGCUUCUUGAACAUGCUGCUGUACCGUCGAGAGUCCCGCGAAGUCGCCGAGCGUGUCCAUUAUGCCGUCAAAGUGCUGUGCAAAGCCACGCCGCCUCCACAACCGACGUCUCCGCACAUACCAAUGCCUGUGAAGCCUCUAGGAAAGCGCGACAGCAUUCUCGCGCCGUCUUCUUGCUGCGUGGCGUGCUAUCGAGACCACAAAUGGCAGUCCAUCCCGAUGAACCUUCUUGUUGAAGGCGACGUCGUGGCCCUUAUGAGCGGUGAUGUCGCGCCCGGCCGCGUUAGGCUCUUGCCACUGGACCAGCCACCAUCUAGCUCGCCGUCCUGUUGCGUUGCAACCGAUCCUUCGUCGUCCGUGAAUUCGUCCAUCUCGUACGCCCGUGGAGAGAAGAUUCCGACCGCUCAUUCCCAACCACUCGAAACCACGCGCAGCAAUGCAACGUUCCAGCCACAAAUUGUGUUAAGUCUCUGCGGAGACAUGCACGUUUACGUCAUGGAGGAGACGCCGGUGCUCCAGGACGUGGUCAACUCGAUGACCAACGUCGAACGGCCUCGCACAGCCAUUCAAACCUUGCAAGUUGGCGGCAAGUCGUUGGCAUCGAUGCUGUGUCUCGGCAUCACGGUCAUCGUUCUCUGCAGCAUCGCCGUCCGGGCGAUGCUGCUCCCCGAGCCACCGCACCACGUGAUCAACCACGUGUGCCUCGCGCUGGUCGACGUCAUGUUGUGCUUCGUGUCAUUGCAUACGCCGUUCGUGUGGUGCAUGGGAGAAGUCGCUGCAACUUCGCACCUCCUCACCGCCUUUGAAGCCAUUCUCGAGAGCGAAGCAACGACCCAGGUCGCGCCGAACGCGGCGGCCGGACUCGACAGCGACAUCGAUAUGGACGUGUACGACGUGGAGGAGCGAGAGCAGUCGCGCUUGCGCAAGACGAAGCGACCGUUUGCCGUGGAGCGAUCGUGGUACUACUUCUGGCUCACGCUCCAGUUUCGCGUCAUGGACUGUGCGGAUGCCCACCGCACGCGAUAUCACAACGGGAAGAAAAACAAACUGACGAUUCCGUACUCGGGCGUGCGUCUGCUGGAGCGCCUUGGAAGCACGACAAUGCUGUGCUGCUUUGACGACGACGUGCUGUGUGAAGAAGUGCCGUGCGCGGAAGAAGUAUUUCUUCUCAACGAAGAUACCAACACAGUCUUGGAUUUACACCCGGAACCGCUGUGCACGACCGGCGAGAAAUUUGAAGACCCCAAGUGGCGUGUCCAUUUACCAAGCUUGAAACCUUUGGGCCUUGCCAUUCUCCUCAACGACUGCGAAGAUCCCAUGACGGAAUACUUGAACUCGUUGCGGCACUUGAGCAAUGAGGCGUCGGCCGCGCCCUUUUACGAAGCGCACAACGCUUCGUCGUUGCCGCACCGCGAGCUGCUCCACUGUGUCCAGCAACUGUCUGGCUAUGUGCGGCUGCUGCCGUACCCGCGGCAUCUCCUCAAUUUGGCCAAAGCGAUCGGCUUCCGCGUCGACGACUUGGCCCAUUUCAACCGACGCCAGAGCAUCCAUGUCAUUGCCCCCCGCCUCGCAUACGAAGAACACACGAGCGACCACCACGACCAAGGCCAGGACGACACGCGGUUUCGAGGGCAUUUGAAGACGCAUUUGUAUUCGACGGUCGUGCUCGAUAAGCGGUCGCAAGGCCAUCAACUGCUUAGCCGAGGCCAUCCGUCGCUAGCAGUGUCGCAGUGCAGCGAAUUCUGGGAUGGCAAAUCCAUUUGCCCGUUAACCAAGGACAAGCGGCGGCUGAUCUUGGACAUGUACCAUCAAUGGCGCGUGGAAGACUUGGACUGUAUUGCGCUCACGUACGCGCCGGUCGCGCAAAAGUGCAAUGGCCUGUUCAGCGAUGCCGACCAUUUUACAAAACUCCCGCCGCUCUUUCUCGUGGAAGAAAGCAUCCACACAGACGACGAUCUCGACGACCACAAAACGCCGCUCGUGUCACCGGGCGUCGGUUCCGUCGGUUCAAACGACGCGCUCAAGCAGACGGCUGCGCUUUCUCCCACGAGCUCAGCGAAACACCACACGACGGCAUCGUCGACUGGCGUCGGAGGCAACCACGACCGGGACCUGUGGAAGUUACAGGAAGACCAGAUCUUUCUCGGGAUGGUGGCGUCCGGCGUUCAGCCGCGAAAGGGCAUGGUCGGGCUCAUCGAAGACGUGACGGCGUGCGGAAUUCGAUUCGUGUACUUUUCCCCACGCAACAUGCGUCGAUCCAAGCUGCUGGCCGAGAAAAUGGGCAUCGAAACGGACUGGAACUGCGCCAUAAGUCUCCGCGACUCGGACGGUCCGGAUCCGCAUCGAAUGACAUCCAACUACUCGGAUUGGGACGUCAAGGCCCGGCUGCCCCAUGGCACGGCGGCCAUUCGACGGCACUUGGAGCUCGUCGACAACGUCCCGCUCCUCGUGUCGCUGUAUACAGACAGCACCCCCGACACGAUCAAAGAAAUGAUUUCAAUCUUUCAAGAAAACCACGAAGUCGUCCUGGGGGUCGGCACGUCUCUCCGGGAAAGCAACGUCCCGUUGUUUGCCCAGGCCGACUUGUCCGUUGCGCUGGAAGGCAGCCCCCACACGUUGUUCGACACGGAGCUCCCCAAGGGCGCGCAACUGCCCGUCUUCUCCGACGUCGACAUGGAAUUGAGCCAAAUGCUCAACACGCUCACGUGUUCGUUCACUGUGCGCAAUUUUUCCAACACGCGAGUGUCGCCGAUGAUCCUCGUCGACUUGAUCCGGCUGGGGCGGCACAUGCUGACCAACUUUAUCCAGCUCGUGCACUACAUCUUUGUGAUGCAGCUCUUCGUCGCGACGGUCGUGCUGUUUUCGUACGUGCUGCCGUUCCCAGAAGUCGCGUCCCUCGGGUGCAUGUCGAUUCUGUGGCUGCUGUGGGUCGUCGUGCCGGCGGUCAGCUUGUCGCUGCUGUCGUCGCCGCCUGACAAGCACAUUAUGACUCGGACGCCGCGAAAAAACGAGACGUCGGCGUGGAGCGACGAUGCCGCCCGGCUCGCCGUCUACUUUCUUGUCCGAUACGUCCCGUCGGCAGUGUUUGUCAACUUUGUGUUUCAGUUCAUUUUUGGCCUGUCGUUGCAGUAUCGCGCCAAAGCCGCGGCAGUCGGCCCUGACAGCCACUCGUGGUGGUACUAUGCGAACGGAGGUCCCGACUUGUUCGUACACCCGCGGCCACGUGCGAUCAUGGCCGCGCUGGAUCGGGCCGAAGCGUUCCUGUUGCUCGCGAUGGGGUGGUUUUGCAUCUUUAGCAGCAUUAGUCACCACUAUCGGUCGUACAGCAUCUUUUCCGAGUCGCCGUUCCGCAACCAUUCGUGGAUGUGGACGUGUGCAGUGCUCGUGGUCCUCCAGGUUGGCGCGAGUGUGUGGCGGGCCGGGGGCCUCGUCGGCGACGACGGCGUGUCGCUCGAAUCGUUUGUGGUGUUUAUUCCGUGGUACUUUUGGCUCGCGCUGGGCGUGUGGCCGCUCCUUGUGCUCCUUGUCGACGAGCUUGCCAAGCAGCACGACCACCGACUCCUCAUUCGAUACUACAAGUUCCUCCGCAUGCAAUUCGACACGCGGCUCGGGAUGUGGAGUCCAAAGUAGAACGUGCAUCGUCAGUCAGUCUCAGCCUAACAACGCGAGGAUCCAUCCCGUUGUAUACUGUCG